AUGUCUGAGGGCGAGAGCAAGGACAGCUCGGGCAGUGAGUGCCCCGUGUGCUACGAGAAGUUCCGAGAGCUGCAGGGCGCCAGCCGGACGCUGAGCUGCGGCCACGUGUUCUGCCAUGACUGCCUGGUCAAGUACCUCCUGUCCACGCGUGUGGACGGCCAAGUCCAGAGGACCAUCGUCUGCCCCGUCUGCCGCUAUGUCACCUUCCUCAGCAGGAAGAGCUCCCGCUGGCCCGCCAAGCUGGACAAGAGCUCCCAGAUCCUGGCCGUGCCUGUGGGCCUGCCCCCCACACCACUGCCAGAUGCCCUGGGCCACACCAACCCCCUGGCCCUCUCCCAGCCCAUCUGGAGAUCAUCCCCGGGCCAGGGCGGCCAGCUGCCCUUGGACCCACCGCCCAGCCUGCCCCGGGAGCCACAGAUCUUCAUCAUCAGCCGCCAUGGGAUGCCCCUCGGGGAGCAGGACAGCGUCCUGCCGCGGCGCAGUCUGGCAGAGCUCUCCGGGGCCUCCCCGGCGCCCAGCUCCACCCGGUCCUUCUGCUGCCGCUCCCGGGCCCUGCUGCUCAUCACCCUCAUCGCCGUGGUGGCUGUGGUGGCCGCCAUCCUCCCCUGGGUGCUGCUGGUGAGAAAGCAGGCGUGA